AUAAGAGGGAUUGUGUGUGUGUCUGUGAAGAUUAUCAUGUGGUAUGGAUUUGGGUCUAUGUUCAUCUUAGCAAAAUUGAGAUAUGGGGAUAAAAGGUCUUUUCUCUAUCUCUGUGUUGUACUGUGUGCAGCUCCCUUGCCCCUCCACAUCAUUUCCUGAGUUUCCAUUGCCUUUUGGAUAUGUUGGCCUUGUUGCCAGAAACCUAUUGUGAAAUGGAGUUCUUUCCCAUUCCUAGGUGGAAGUCAUUGCUUACUGAUGAAUCAUGCUUCUGAAAUUCUCCAAGAUCACGGUCAUCAGGUGAUCAACAUUGUUUAUGAUAUACCAUUCAUCUCAGGUUUAAACAAACAGAAAAAAUCAUACCAGGUAAUUCACUGGGCACCACCUGAAGAGCAACGAAAUAAAAUUCAAAAACAAUUUGAGCUCAUUGUGAAAGAAGGCCUUCAUGGCAGACAGGAAUUCCAAGACAUCUUAAAGCUAUAUGAGCACUAUGGGACUUUAUGCACUCACUUGCUAAGCAGAGAUGACAUCAUGGAUUCCUUAAGGAGUGAGAACUUUGACCUGUUGUAUUUUGACGCAGUGGAUCUCUGUUCUUUCCUGGUUGCUGAGAAGAUUGGAAAACCAUUUGUAGUUUUUCUUCCUAUAACAGCUAACAGUAUUGACUUAGGACUCCCAAGCCCCUUGUCUUACGUUCCCAUGUACGGUUCUCUCCUGACUGACAAAAUGGACUUCUGGGGCAGAGUAAAGAAUUUUCUGAUGAGUAUUAAUUUCUCCAUGAGACAAAAGAAAAUACAUUCUCAGUUCGACAGCACCAUCCAGGAGCAUUUUGAAGAAGGCUCUCAGCCAGUUUUGUCUCAGCUUUUACAGAAAGCCUAGCUGUGGCUUCUUACUUCUGACUUUGCUUUAGAGUUUGCUCGACCCCUAUUUCCCAAUACUAUUUAUGUUGGAGGUUUACUGGACAAGCCUGUUAAGCCAAUACCACAGGACUUGGAGAAUUUUAUCUCUCAGUUUGAAGACUCUGGUUUUGUCCUUGUGGCCCUGGGCUCCAUAGCAACCAUGCAUCAGACCACGGAAAUUAUUAAGGAGAUGAACAGUGCCUUUUCUUACCUCCCUCAAGGGGUGCUAUGGACAUGUAAGGAUUCUCAUUGGCCCACAGAUGUCAGAUUGGCCCCAAAUGUGAAAAUAGUGGACUGGAUUCCUCAGAAUGACCUGUUGGCUCACCCUAGCAUCCGUCUGUUUGUCACCCAUGGGGGGAUGAACAGUUUAAAUGAGGCCAUCCAGCAUGGAGUACCUAUGGUGGGGAUUCCCUUAUUUGGAGACCAACCUGAAAACAUGGUCCGAGUAGAAGCAAAGAACCUUGGUGUUUCUAUUCAGCUCCAGACGCUCAAGGCAGAGUCAUUUGCGCUCACCAUGAAAGAAGUCAUAGAAGACAAGAGGUACAAGUCUGCAGCAAUGGCUGCCAGAGCCAUCAGGCGAUCCCACCCCUUGACAUCCACCCAGCGUCUAGUGGGCUGGAUUGAUCACAUCCUACAAACCGGGGGAGGCGCACACCUCAAGCCCCAUGUAUUUCAACAGCCGUGGCAUGUUCAGAACUUGCUGGAUGUUCUGCUGUUUCUGUUGGGGCUCACUCUAGGCACCUUGUGGCUAUUUAAGAAAGUGUUGAGAUUGUUGCUAAAGUUCCUGGGUGGAACCUGGAAGGAAAAGGAGUCUUAAUGUUAAGUUUGAUCUGGGGUAGGAUAUUGGGAACUCUGACUCCUUAAAGGCUUUUCCCCACCUGGCACAAGGAACUUCCAGUUUCCUCUGGCCAUGGUGGACUUCCAGUUGUCCUCAGUAUUUCUGUCUUUUUCAUAAUACUUAUAUAAUACACUGAUUUCCUGGUGACUGCUCAUUAUCUGGUUCCCUCUGCUCUAAUACAAAUCUUCCUUUCCUGGACAUUUCUUUUGUUUUCUUUUCUUUUCUUCCUUUCUUUCUUUCGUUCUUUUUUUUU